AAAGAUACGUGCAGGGAGUACACGUCGCAGUGGCGGACGGGUGGACCAAGGGCGCCUUCAACAAAAAAAAACGUUUUGGAAUGUGCAGAUAGAGAUGUCAUGAAUAGAUGCAACAUGAUUCCUUGGUCUUGUUCUUCUAUAUAUUUAUAUCUGAAACGUUCGACAACUGAACGUGGCCCAGGGAACAGACAAAACAGAGAAGCGCGACUCGCCCUGGAUCCUCAGGCCAGAAUCCACCACAGUCCAGCAGUGGUCCUCUGAUUUGGCAUGCACCUGGAGUAACAGCUGUCAAGCUAGCAACUACCUGAAAACUGCAAAUACCGCCAGACAGACAAACCGCAGGAGACGAAGAGGAAGUUGGUGGAGGAUUGUCAGGGCAUGCAUAUUUUCAUCAAGUAGCCUCUGUCCACGGUUCAGAUUAGUACUCAUCACACAGACCCCAGUCACCAGUCAACAUGGAGGAUGAACUGAUAUUCAGUAUGGAUGAGGUGGGCAGUGCCCAACGUAACCCACUGCAACAGAGGACCCCUGAUCAACGGGCCCCAUCUCUAAGCAACGCUUACGAUAGCGACGAGGACGACUACUACAUCUGUCCAAUCACAGACGACCCUGUCAGCCAGGCCGAAGACAUCUGUGGCUAUUUAAAGAAUCUCGUCCACAGCAAGCAGCUGUCUAACUCCCCCAAAAACUCCUUCUCCUACAAGAAUGAAACGGAGAAAGAAACUCCACAACAGUCUGUCGGGUUUGGGGCGUUUUCUGACAAUGCACGGGCGGUGUGGAAAAGAGCCAUAGAGAAGGCCAAGGCCAUGCCUGACCCAUGGGCUGAGUUUCACCUGGAAGAAGUCAAGACAGAGCCAUGCAUACGAUACAGGUACAAUGCUAUCACGGCGGCAUGGUCUCAAGACACAGUGCACAUCAAGGUUUCUGGCCAGCCUUUUGGACGCGGGGCCAUGAGGGAAUGCUUCAGAACGAAGAAGCUGUCUAACUUCUCCCAUAGUAGUAACUGGAAGUGUGCGUGUAACUAUGUGACGAAGCGCUACAUGGAGCCUGUGGACAGGGAUGUGUACUUUGAGGAUGUCAGGCUGCAGAUGGAGGCCAAACUCUGGGGAGAAGAGUACAACCGCCACAGGCCACCCAAACAGGUGGACAUCAUGCAGAUGUGUGUGAUUGAGAUGAUGGAGCGUCCAGGUAAACCUCUGUACCACCUGGAACACUACAUAGAGGGGAAGUACAUCAAAUACAACUCCAACUCUGGCUUCGUCAAGGAUGACAACAUCAGGCUCACUCCACAGGCAUUCAGUCACUUCUCGUUUGAACGUUCGGCCCACCAGCUGAUCGUGGUGGACAUCCAGGGGGUGGGGGACCUCUACACGGACCCUCAGAUCCACACAGAGAGGGGGACAGACUUCGGAGACGGAAACCUGGGUGUGCGGGGCAUGGCACUGUUCUUCCACUCCCACCUGUGUAAUAAGAUAUGUAAGAGUAUGGGGCUCACACCCUUUGACCUCUCCACUGCAGAGAAAAGCCAGCUAGACUGCACCAACACACUGCUGAAGUCGGCCCAGACGGUACUGAGGGGUAGUGAGGAACAGUGUGGUUUCACUCGUUUUCGUACUAUAUCAGGGGGCCGUGUGGCCCCACUUCUCUCCCACCUGUCGGAGACCUCGUCUGGGGAUGACUCUAUGAGUGACAUAAGUGACUCCAUCCCCUGCUCGCCCCUCGCCUUCCCCGGCUCUCCACUAGGACAGCACUUCUCUAUGGGCUCCAUGGGCAGGUCUCCUCUGGGUUGGUCUUUCAUAAAUGAGAUGGAUGAACGAGAGAAACACAACCGCAGCCACAGCCCAGAACACAAAGACUCAGAGAAUGGAGGAGACAGUGGUUGUCCAAGUGAGAGGAGGAGUGAAGGGGACCCAACCGACCAUGCAGAUGGGAGAAAGGUUCUCAGCAGAUCUUCCCCUAACCCAAACUUAAACUCUCCUGCCAUAAACACCCCCAACAGCCAACCGCUGACAGAUGAUAAAUGGAGUGUCUACCACUCGUCUCGUUCUCACGUCCACCGGCCAUCCUGUGUUGCUGUGGAGAUGGAAAGACUUGACUCGCUGAUCCUGGAGAAGAAGAUUGGCAAGUCCAUCCUGGGGAAGGUGCACCUGGCGAUGGUGCAUUACCACGAGGCUGGUCGGUUCUGUGACAAGGAGGAGCAGUGGGACCAGGACUCAGCCAUGUACCACCUGGAGAGAGCCGCCAUGUGUGGGGAACUAGAGGCUAUCGUUGCCCUGGGACAGUGUUACCUACAGCUGCCACACCAUAUACUGUCAGAGAUGGAGCUAGAGGACAACUCAGGGAGCCGUAUGAAGGGCUUUAAGUUCCUUCUGCAGGCUGCUGAGGCAGGACACAGAUCCUGCAUGAUCCUGGUGGCCAGGGCCUUCGACACCGGCAUCAACCUCUCACCAGACAGGUCCCAGGACUGGAAGGAGGCGAUGAGAUGGUACAACUGUGCCCUGAACAUGACAGACUAUGAUGAGGGGGGCGAGUUUGACGGCAUGCAGGACGAGCCUUGCUACCAGCUGCUGGCCAGAGAGGCUGAGAUGUACCAGGAGGGGGGCCACAGCCUGGACCCAGACCCACAGAGAGCAGGUGAUCUGUUCACAGAGGCAGCAGACGCAGCCAUGGAGGCCAUGAAGGGCCGACUGGCCAACCAGUACUAUAUGAAAGCAGAGGAGGCCUGGGGCAUGAUGGAGGAAGAGGAGUAGGAGACGGGCUGGCACUCUGCAAGGCCAAAGGAAUCGGCUAAAGCAGAAACAAGCUGGCACCCAGGAUAAUGUUGUGAUGGAUUUUCCUCCCUAAUGGUUUAAAGUUUACAGACACAUUUACUGUGUGAUUUCCAAAAUGCUGUGUGAUUGUUUGAUCUGUAUAUGACCUUUUAUGCAGCCGUCCUCUAGCCUAGCUAUCUUUCUUGGUGCUUCAGAGGGAAUUAUGUCUGGUUCUUGCCUUGUACAUUUUUCCUCUUUUCUAUUCCUGUCCCCCAUUGCCCUUUGGACUAAUGAAUAUGGUUGCAUUUCAGAGGCAAUUUACCUAACUAAAAAUAAGCAAUUCAAACUAGAAAAUGACACUUCCUAAAAAAGAAUGUGCUUGCUAGCUUAAAGGGAUAUUUUAGGAUUUUUUCAAUGAGGCCCUUCAUCUACUUCCCCAGAGUCAGAUGCACUUGUGGAUAUGAUUUUUAUGUCUUUGUGUCCAGUAAGAAGGAAGUUGGAGGUAGUUUUGUGUGCCAAUGCUACCUAGCAUUAGCACAAUGACAAAGUAUAUGGGUAUCUGCUAGCAUGCUAGUAGAUACCCAUAGACUUAGAGUAAUUGUGUUAAAGUUAGCCGUGUUAAUAUUUGUAGCUGAAAUUGUUACAGAUAAUUAGCAUUGUAAGUGUCUACCAUUGUGUUCUUACGGUUGGCAUUGAAUUCAUGAUAGUCUAUACAAAUGAAUUGAAGUUGGGAUAGCCUAAAUAUUUUGAAGUUGGUAUUGUAGUUUAUUCCAUGGGUCUCAUUCAAACCCAUGUUAAUAUAUGGUAAUGUGAAAUGGUUAUAGUAUAAAAAAUCUGAAUGCAAUCACGCUAAGUUGAUUUCAAAGUCUGGUUGGAGUUGAUAGCUAAUCAUCCCUUUCUUACGGCGUGCUUCAGUUCGGCUGGCCCUUAGCCAAACUCGGCUAGCCAAACUGAACUAGUGUGCUCACAUACACCCUUAAAACACAUUCGCUCGAAAAACAGAACGAAAAGUGCCAAUAGUACUGUUUGUCCAUUUUGAGAUGAAGUAGGAAGUUUACACUUCUUCAGAAUAGUCCGAAUUAAUCUAAGAUAACUCAAGAAAUGUCAUUCAUUUUGAUGUUUUUGCCUAGGAGAUCUUAGACCCGCAAUUUUACAUCUAACUAGGAUGUUUGGUGCAGUAUUAUUUUAUGAAAACAAGUCAUCUCUCGUUGAAUGACAGACUUUAUGGAAGAAUCCCUACUGUUGACCUACAGUAGACUUCGUUCGGCUCCAAACUUUGGCUUGCCUCCAAAAAGAAAUGUGUGCCAGAACAGCCGGGAAAAAAACGAAUCGAAGUCCGAACCGUCACAAAAUGUCGUCAUAAUAUAUGCACAAAUUCUACCAAACUGUUUCGGCUGGAAAGUGUGCAGACGCCUUUUAAAAAUACGGUGACAAUUUCAGAAAUGAAACUGUUACUGCAAGUUCAGGUGAACACAAAACAACUCAAAUAUAUCAAAAUGUCUAUACAUUUCAGCUGUUUCAAAAACAUUGCUCUGCUAUUAGUAUUUUUACUGUAUAAAUGUUGGGCUCAACGAGAAAAUUCUGCUUACACUGCCCUGCUUAGAGGGGGGCAACGGUCGGCCGAGUGUCGUGUGCGACCUCCGGAGGUAGCGUUCGAGACGUGAGAAAUGUGCAAGUUUACAUUACGAUUAUGUCUCUCGAGAAUCCCUCAAUUCUCCUUAAUACUCGUCAAUGAGAAUAGACCCUUAAACGGUUCAAGAGGAGAUGCGUUUUGACUUUUGACUAAAAGGGCCAUUAACUAAAAGGUAAUGGUCCUUUUAUUGCCAUUAAAUGCAUUAGAUCAUGUAAAAAAAAAAUGUAGUUCAAAAAGUAUAAAUGCUCUAAAAUGAAUACAUUCUCAAGCAAUCUAAGUUUGGGCUGGUUGGUUGUAUGUUUUUAAAGUUUUGAGUUCAUAACUUAAAUCGUUUAAGCUCUAGAGCGGGCGGAAGAUAUCCAAUAAUAAGAAUGCAUAUUACAUUUUAAGAAAUCUAGAGUGGUCGUGCCUUCAGCAAGCACAUUAAUUAAUGUUUGAUUCAUGAAAUUAACAUUUCUUGAACAAAUGUUGUUUACUUUGUGUUGGUUUUGCCUAACACUUUUAUAAUAGAGGGCACUUGUUGCAUUGUUUGCAUACUUAUAUGAAUGCAUGGAAGUAGCUAUAUGUAAAUGUCUUGACUCUGGAAUAAAUAUGAUUUUAUUGCAUUGUAAA